GUCAACAAUCGAACGGUUUUAACUUACAAAUACACUAACUUGUUGUCAGAUAUUUUGCUUUUGGUUUUUUGAAAGACUGAAUUAGAGCUACACGACAGGUAUGAAAUGGAUUAUAAAGUUAUAUUUAUAAUAGCAGUUUUAGUUGCAGUAUACUUGAUCGCAAAUAUUUCUUGUUGUGAAGAGGAAGAAGUUGUUACCUGCCGAAGAGAAAAUAUGACUUGCUUAAGAUCUCGUUGCACUUGCACCAACAAAGCUCCUUCUCCUGUAUAUAGUUAUUUCAGUCAAGUUAUUUGUUCAGACCUGACAGAAGUUCCUAAAGACAUUCCAAAUGAGGUUUACAUAUUAUCUAUAACUGGAAAUAAUAUUACAACAAUAAAAAGAGGAGAUUUCAACAACAUGCCAAAUUUGGAUAGAAUGUAUUUGAAUGACAAUAAAAUUAGAAUAAUUGAACCUGGAGGGUUUGUGAACCUUACUAGCUCCGGUAUAUUAAUAAAACUUGAAAACAAUAACCUGUCAAGAAUUACAACAAAUAUGUUUAGGGAUAUUUCGAUAACUAGUCUUCAUCUUAAUGGAAACCCUAUAACAGUGAUAGAGAAACAUGCAUUUGUCAAUCUUCCACUUCUAAAUUUAAUUAUUGGGGUAACUCCAUUUUUAAAGAAGAUUGAGACAGAAGCAUUUGUGAACCUUUCAACAGCAGCUUUACCAUUAGUAACAAUUCUAGCAGGAAACAGUGCCACAGAUAUACAGAAGAAUGCCUUCAUGAAUGUUCACUUCAAUCAAUUAGUGCUUGGUUCAAGUUCUACGAUAAAAGAAAAUCGAUUGAUUACAUUUUCAGAAUUCAUAUAUUUUACUGGUGCUUAUACACAGUGUGACUGUGACUUGAUGUGGUUAGUUUACUUACGCCAUGAUAAGCAGUUUAAAAUUGAGAGUGAUAGUAUAUGUGCAAACAACAACAAAAAAGUGUCCGAGUUGGUCCCUGAAGACUUUCAUUGCAUUGACAAUGUAUCAACUGUACAGAGUUGCAAUGCAUCUCAAUCCGUCGAUCUUCCGUGUGUAUAUAACUACUUAACAACAAAUCUGAUACGUUGGAUACAUUCACGUAAUGGCAAGUUCAUAAGGGAAUUGAAUAAAGAUUUUGUUGAUGAAAACACAAAUACUCUUCAAUUUUCAUUUUGUAAUCAUGACGAUUCUGGAGAAUACACUUGCAUGCUGUCAACAGACUAUUCUUUACUCCCAAGUAUUAACAGAUCUCUAAAUUUGUUAGUUAAUGGUCCUCCUAUUGUAUUGAAUCAGCAUACAGAGGACGAUGGAGAUGAUUUAAUUUUGUCCGUUGUGUUUUAUUCCAUCCCAUACGAUUUCAAAAUUCAAUGGUUGCUCGGAAACAACAACUUAAAUGGAGAUCCAGAAUACACCAUUUCAGUAAACGACAUGACGGUUGGAAUAAAGCAGUACAAUGUGGAUGUUAUGACUGGUGGAUUUAUAUCAAACUUAACGAUUCAUAAUUUCAAGAGACGCCCGAGCGAUGUUUAUAGUUGUGAGAUGUCUAAUUCAUAUGGAUUAGUUGUAGAACAAAUUGUUUUAGGACCAGCUAGUUUAGAAUUGGAAAGACGGACCUAUUGUGACACAUCACAUAGUAUUGAGUUAAAGUGUACUUUAAAAUUGGUCGGCGCCACUCCAAUCUCCUGGAUUCAUUCGAACGCUGGAGAAACUAUUCGUUCACUCCAAGGCAGGCAUGUUAAUACCUCAAACAUUCUGACUAUUCCAUUUUGCAAUAGUCAAGAUACCGGUGAUUACACCUGUAGAUAGAAAACAGAUAUACUCGGCCAGACAAUAAUGGAAAUGUCUACAACAUUGUCCGUAAGCGGUCCACCUUUUGUCAUAUCACACUCCACUUCAGUCGAUGGUAGUGAUACGGUUUUUUCUGUAACGUUUUUUUCUAAACCAUUUCCAAGUGAUCCAAAGUGGUAUUAUGAUAAUGAACCAGUUGCAUUAGGAACUAAAUUUCUACAAACAACAACAUAUUCUAUUGUUCAAAUCAGACAACAUCGUGUUUUGGUAAACGAAGAAGGUUUCAUUAGCAACUUAACUGUACACAAAGCUGAGUAUGGACUGUAUAAAUGCGUGAUUCUGAACAGUUUUGGAGAGGUGAACCAAUUAUUUGUUAUUGAACAAGAACAGAAUAAAUUCACAAUCAGCACCUCCGAAGCCACAACAUCACCAGAUUCUACAGGAAACAGUGUGACUGUGAUAAUUGCAAUAUGCUCAACAGUAUUUGGGGUAGCCAUAGUUGUUAUUUGCAUAAUUAUUCUUAUCAGAAGAAUUUCAUCGAAAAUGUCAGACAGAUAUAAUUCUACAAUGCAAACACGAAAUGAAGAAAGCACUUAUGACACAAUCAGUAUGUCUACUCGAUCAAACAGACCAGAUGACCAAGCAGAUUAUAUUGAAGUGUUUUAACUACUCAACAUGAUAUUGAUAAUGGGAAAAUGGUUUGUUCAUCUUCCGUUAAUUGUGGUCUUUAUAUUAUUCCUUGGCAUCAUAGCUUUGUUUGCACAUUUCAUGCUCGAUAAUCAUACAAAAACAAGACAAGAACGAAAGGUAAAGAAAGGACAAUCACUUUAUUUUGAACCAAUCAUCGGAGCUCCUCCAACAUUUCAUAUCUACGGGAAGUUAAAACAUACAUAUUCCUCAUCGUUUGUGGUAUACGAUUUAUUAAACGACAAAUUCGUCGUUACACAGCAAAAUAUAUUAUCAAUUUGACUUAAUCUACACAUCAGUAAAGGUAGAAAUACUGUAAAUGAGGCAUGUCUUCAUUACAGCGAUGGAUGGGGGAAAUGUAAAACGGUUUUAUUGAAGAAAAAUACGUACGAAACUCUUCAAAUAAAGGAUAAGACAUUUCUAUUGACAGGAUCGUAUAUCAGUGUGGACAUUUCACACCCAAGUUAUAUAUUAAGGGGACAUUACCUCAAUAGUCUGGUCAUUUUACAGUCGUUUUAUAGUGGUGUAGAAGAAGACGAUAAAAUAUAACUAUUAAGGAUGUGAACCUAUGUUUUUAAUGCAUUAUGAGUAAGAUGAUGAUUAUGAUCUGGUAUUUAUAUAGUCUAUUUCUGUAUGUUCUGAUUGCACAUUGGCUCCCUUUUGUAAAUACAUGCGUAUUGAAUAUUUCCGUUCUUACGUUGUUAGGUACAAAUUAUUAACGUUAUGUAAAUAUAAGACAUUUUCUUACCAGCACAAGGCUGUAGAUAUUUAAAUUUUCUCUAUUGGUUUCUAAGAUUUCAAUUACGAAAAGGUCUAUUAGAUAUCCUCACCCUCUAGCAUGUCGUCACCUUCCUAAUUCAAUUAUAGUAUUGCUUGUCAUGUUUAAAAAAAAAAAGGAUAACAAACUACCAAACUCGAAGGCAUAUUCAAAAAAGGAAGGUUAAUAAAAACUGACAAAAUCGACGGAGCAAGUGAAAAACAACUGCCAUAAUCUUUUAUCGAUCGUAAAUAAAUGCUCAACUCAGAGAGCUUGUUAUCGAAAGGCAUGACAUGUCGAAUUUUCCGUCAUUAAAAUGAGAAGAUGUAGUUUGACUCCUAAGUCCAGCAUUUGGAAAAGAAGUUCAAAUGACUAAUUGAUACACUUGUUGAUGCUGUCAUAUACUCUAGUUAACCCGAGCUAGACGAUUGAAACGUGAACCCUUUAUCUGAUGAAUAUAUCCAAGCUGUUUGGUCAUUUAUUCGGAAUAGCGUUAGAAACUAUAAUGUAUUAUAAACACAUUAGUUUCUAAACAUUGAUGACAAACGAGGAUGAAGAUCCGAAUCCUACAUUGCAAAUUGCAAAUGUGUAGCCGUUCCAAGAGACAAGUUAAAGCCAAAAUUAAUAUCGUCUAGCAUGUCUAGCAUUCUAAAAUGAUAAAUUCGGAUGGUGUAACAAAAUUACUUUAAAUUCAUCUGCAGCGUUAAUGAUAAAAAUUUUUUUUACCUUUUGAUGUCAAUUUGAAAAAAGAAUAAUAGCCAUAUCUCUUUUAUCAUAUUAAUUUUUUAGGAAAAUCCUUUUUAAAAACGAUAUAUAGCAGGUGUAUCUACUCUUCCGAUCAUUUUUAUUACAGUAGAAAUUGUCGCAAUGGGGUAUAUUCAACUAGUAAAUACAAUUACAUGAAAAUGAUAGAACCAAUCUUCAAUCACUAUUUUUCACAAUAAAUAAAUACUUUUAAUUAUUCUAAAUUGAACAUUACUUCACUUCAUUUUGAAUUGUACAAUCAACUAUAUAGCCUCAAAACAGAAUGCCCUUUUAACAAAUUUUAUGAUUACAUUAAUGAAAAUACAACUUUGUAAAGAAUCCCGUGGAUAAAAAAACAACAAAUAAACUGUGGGUGAUAUCAUGAAAAUAUUGAAAUGUUUUAUUGACAACAUUUUUUUCCGAAUUGGAUUGCUUUUGUAACUAAAAGGUGCACAACAAGUGGUGAUUGAUGAAUAUUUUGAUGCCAAUUUUUUUGUAUAUCGAUUUAAACAUAACAAGGUAAAAAAGGGCCAGUAAAUCAAAUGCCGUAAUCACCGGUAGUGUGUUUUAUUGGUUACCCGUAACUAUAUAUAGCAUGAUGAAUUGUACUUUUUAAGUUUGUAGAAAUAGACUGAUGUAUAUUGUCGAUAACAGUAUGAUUAUUAUGAAAAUAUUUUUUAACUGUACUUUUGUAGAAAUGUACAGGUAUGUGAGGAACUACUACAAAAUAAUGAAAUUAUACUUUGAAAUGGUUUCUUAAUUUGUAUAGGAAAAAGCGGGGAUUGAUAUGAUAGGUAAAAGAAGUUAUUUCAUUGCUUUAAAACUAUUUGGGUUAAAAGACUUUUAAGUGAUUGUGAAGGCGAUUGGAAAAUCAAAAACUCAAUACUUUUUCUAUAAUUUUUGGUCAAAACUAUCCUUAAUGUUGAAAAUUAACUUGUGGGAGUCUAACGAAAAAGCCAGAAACAUUUACAGAUAUAAGAAAACAAAUAUUAUGGAACAUUAAAUUUAUUAAAUUUGAAAUUAAAGCUAUUGUUUUGAAAAAAAAUGAAUUAAAAGCGAACGUAUUUAUGUGAUUGAAAUCACAGAUGAAAAAGUUCAGUUUCAUAAGAAUAAACUAAAAUAUAUAUCCAACUGGAUAGCAGAAAUUAAUUGGGUAAAGAAGUUAAUACCAAAAAGAUGGACAGCCAUCUUAAAAGUCGGAAAAUUCUACAAAAAAGACUUGUUAAUAUAAAAAGAAACCCAUUGAUAUGGAAAGGUUUACCUAUAAAAUUAGUAUAACUAUCAAGCAAUCUUUUAUAUGCAAGGUUUACCUAUAACAUUAAUAUAACUAUCAAGCAAUCUUUUAUGUAUGUCUCUGAUAAAUGAUUUAAAAAAAAUUAAGCCAGCUUUUGGAUAAAAAAAAUCGUUGAAUAUGCUUAAUAUAGAUGAUAUGUUACAUCAAAACUAGUUAUAUGAAUUUUUAUUAAUCUUUAAAAGAAAAUAAACUUUAAACUUUAAAAUGGAAAUUACACCAACAUAUUAUAUCUACAAGGAAACUUUUAUUCAGGUGGAAAAUUGUAAACAAUAGCUUUUGUAGCUUUUGAAGGAAAUUACGACCACUUCUCUAUAAUGUGUCCGUAUUUAGAAAAGUUUUACACAUAAAUGAAGUUUUAAGAGGGAUAAAAUAAAUUAUAAGAAAAAAUUAAAACAUCUAGCAUUUGGAUAAAAGUUUCUGACGAAGAGUCAUAUAUUGGCUUUAAAAGAGGGGCAUAGAUAGCAGAGAGACAUUCAAACUCAUUAAUCGAAAAUAAACUAACAACGCCUUGGCUAAAAAAGAAAAAGAUUAACAAUAGUACACAAAACACAACAUAGAAAACUAAAAACUAAGCAACACGAACCCAACCAGAAAAUAGGGGCGAUUACAGGUGCUCCGGAAGGAUAAGCAGAUCCUGCUCCAUAUGUGCAUAUAUAAACAAUCAUCAGUUUUUCAAUUUAAGAAGAGUAUUACAUAUCUGACCAAGAGACAACAAUGCCAAUGUUUUCUCAAAUUUCAUUCAUGAAUUCAAUAUGAGAGUAAGUGUGAAAAUUAAAUAAUAUGUUAGUUACCAUUAGAAAACAUUUGAAACGUCAUAAUGAUUGAUAUUUGUGAAUAUAUAUUUCAUGUAAGUUCAAUUUUACAACUAAUGACUGUCCUUAGUAAUUAGUGGAAUGUAACAGGGAACACCAGGAGGAGCUUGGACAUCUGAUUGCUAUUGUAACAAACCAGCCAGUAAUUGAAAUAAAUAUUUAAAUAUGUUGUUAAAAAACGGGGUGUUUUCAUUGUAUACAAUAUAAAGAAUAAAUUCAUGCAAAACGUUCUUAAUGACGAAGAGAAGCAUUCACUUAGUUCGUUAAUUUCACGUGCAGAGGUAAUAUUGAUGUUCUGUUAAAAAAAUCCUACGUGUCAACAAAUUCCUUGCAUCUCACGUAUGCCGUUGUAUUUGACAAUAAGGAUAAUAUCGAAACAAGAAGCUCUGCUUUACAUAUUUAGGUCCUUUUUCGUAUGAUGUACCCAGGUGGACACAACCUCUGCUACCCCUGUAUUGCGUUCAUGUAACUCUACUAAUAGUGAACGCGUGCACAUUCACAUUAAACGAUGUUUGUUGACUGUUGUUUCUCAUUGGUAUCUUGAAUCUCCUUAUCAAUCAGCAUAAAAACGUGAUCGUUCAUCAUUGAAAUGCGAAUCUUAAAUAUCGGUUAAGCUGCUUUUGCCUCUAUGUUGUCUAGUAUUUUUAAAAUUGAGUGGAACACCAUCUGUCAAAAUAUUUUAGUUUAGGGAAUAUUUUAGUUUUUAUUUUAUUGUAGAAAGCACAUUAUUGUAUUGAUAAAAUGGAAUCAGUGUUAAUAAAUGUAAUUGUUUUAUAUAACAAAAUAACACCAAGCACAUUAACAUCAUAACUGACGGUAGACAACUGAGAGUAUUUUUUUUAAUUUCUAUACCAGUACCUUUAUAUUCAUAUACAUUAUUGAUCUCAUAAUAAGACAGAUUUCUUAUGGAUUUGUAUAUACGAAAUCGUUCGAGGCCUUUAAGCCUCUAUUUAUUGCGUAAUUUGAUACUUAAUACAUUAUAGAAUAAUAUAAUUCAUGUUAAUAUUUUCUUAUUACAUUGACCUAUAUUUAAAAUGACAAAAUUAUUAUGACAUAUAACUCAACACUGAUAUUGAUAACCCACAAUUGAAUAAUUACUCUGUAGAUUUAAAUAAGCAUAGUCAUAGGAAGCACUUGAAACGUUUCAAAUAUAUAUGUGUACCUAUAAUUUCUACCUAAAACUACAUUUCAGAAACUGAGGAAUGUUUUGAAUAUAUUUUCCAGGAACGUUUUCUUUUGAUAUCUUCUCUUAUUACUUUUAUACUAAAAAAUGAUAUGUAUAUAUUCCCGUCCCGCGAAUCAUUUAGAUAAUUUACCAGAAUAAAAUCAAGAAGAUGGAGGAUAUUCAUGUAAGACACACCAUCUUAUGAAUGUUGUUAAAUAAACUGGAUGAGUUCAACGCGUCUGUUUGUUUUGUCAAAUGGGUUUGAAUAGAUCGACAUUAAUAUGUAAAAAUAAUUUGAUGUUGAAAUGGGUUGAUUCAAACAUUAUAAAGAUGUCAUAUCCUUUCAAGGAAAAUAUAUACUUUGGUAUAUAAUAAAGUAUUUGUUAUGAGUAUUAAUGGUUUUAAAUAAAUUAUUUGUUUGAG